AUGAGUGGUAUGAUAAAUGGGGCGUUAAAUAAGACAUAUAAAACAUUUGCAAAAAUCCCAAUCACUCAAAAUCUAAGCCACUUUGGAAAAGGUAUAAAAUACUUAAAUGAAGCGCAUGACCAAAAAAAUCGAAACCUUGAAUGUAGUGCUUUGUUAUACAAAGAAGCUGUUAAUAACCUCAAAAUAGCCAAUAAGCAUCAUCCUGCUUCUGGUGAGAUUAAAAAAACUUUGGCACAAGCAUGCAGAGAAUAUGAUGAAAUUUUAACAGAGCUAUCUUUAUCAAAAAAGGAUAAUUCGCAAAAUAAUGAAUAUGAUGACGCCCAACGUUUUAUUGAAAACAAAUUUUUUCAAAAAAAUCAUUAUGUUCCAGAGAAACAUAUUCCAUUGGGUGAGGAUGAUGUGCCCAUUAAUACUCAGCAACUGGCUUAUGAGAUACACCGAAAAGAUAUUUCAGAUGAGCAAAAGAUGAAAUUAUGCAUAUUGGUGCAAAAAACUAUCGACAAAUUUGCUAAAAUGGAUAUUCCAACUUUAGCAUUAAUACACGAAGUAAUGGUGUUAUCAAAUUUACCAGAUGCAGAGGAAGAGCUUUAUAGACAUUUAGUGAAUAACUUUCUUAAUAAAAUCAAUCAAUUUGGUUUUUUAUUUCCGUCAUUAUUGGAAGGUUUAUCUCAUAUUAUCCGUCAGGCAAAUCCAAAACACCUAAAGCCUAAUGAUUUGGUUUGCAUUUUAAAUGUAUUAAAUGUAAAAUUUAAAAAUCUACAUACUCAAGACAAGGAUCAACUGAUUGAAAUGACGCGAACAUUGGGAUGGCUAUUUGAUGUAAUGGCUGAUUGUGAAGUACGAGAUCUUCAAUAUGAAAAUUUGUAUAAACCCUUAUACGAUACUUUCAAAAAUCUAAAUAGUGAUAAUAAUCAAGAGCUAGCUUAUCUCGCAGGCUAUGCCUGUCAGGCUUUAAAUUGUAUACCAAGUGAUGAAAGUCCGUGGAAAGCAUUCCAGCGGCGAGGUGGCAAAGUCCUUUUAGGUAUAACAAAAUUAGCAGGUGCUAUUAAAAACAUAGAUCCGGGAAAGCUACCAGAUGUUUUCAAAGAUCUUAGUGAAGGGUUCGAAGGUAUUAUAAAUGUGGCAGUAGAUUUGGUAAACUUGGUUAAGGAGAUUCAAUCAGUCAAAGAGGGAGUUGGAGAUAUAAAACAGAGUUUCAGUUGGGAAACACAGCGAAAAUGGUAUUGGGCAUUACGAUUUACCGAUUUAUUUAUCCAAAGUUUUAAGUUUGCAAGCUUGGAACAGUUUAUUUACAAAAUUCCGUGUCGACAAGAUGACAAAUUUUUAUGGGGCUUAUGCGAACGGCUUAAACGAUUGGCAGCAGAUUCCAAACUGGAUAAUGACAUUCGUAAAGGUGCCAUUGAAUUUUUAAAUAAUGUUUGUCAAAAUAAAGAAUUUUGGGGAGUCCAUCCGAAACUAAACGAAUGGAUCUUGGAGCAUGUUGAAUUGAAAACUUUACCGAAAUACGUACAAACAUCUGUUUCAUUUUUUCAAAAUACUUUGCUAAAUGACGUUUUAUGUGAACAGACGCUAAAUGAUUUUUUGCGACCAACUCAGCAGAAUGACUUAAGAAAAAGUAGAGGAGAAUUGUUAAUUCAAUUAAAUGGAUUAAAAGACCAAUUCUUUUCAGACUUAGAUAAUGAAUUUGAAGAAGCCUUGGGACUGUAUGUCAAACCGCAGGGAACAUGGAAAGUAUCGAUUAUAAAGUCGUCAAAUUUUGAAAAAAAAAUGGUUUCUGAAAACAGAGAAGGUGAUGUAGAAGUAGUAGUCAAUAGAUUUUUAGAAUCAAAGGAUAAACUGACCUCAAAAAACAAAGAAGCUUUGGAGAUAGCUGCAAAUAAGCUUUCUAAUUCAAAAGAUAUAAUAUCUAUAAUAAAGACAGUUAAUAGUUUUCUUACUUCUGAAAAUCUAUUAACCUUUGAAGAUGAAAAAAUUCUAGAAAAAGUAGUCAAUCAAUUUUUAGAUUUAAAAGUCAAUAAGGCACUAGAGCUUCAGGAAAUAAUAGCAAAUGAAUUUUUACAUUUUUCAAAGAAUAAAGAAUUAUUAAUGAAAGCAAUUAAUAAUGUUUUGAAGAAGAAUCCGAUAAUCAUAGAGGAUGAUGAUGUAAAACUUCUAGAAAUAGAAGCAAAUAAAUUUUCAAAUUUAAAUGAUAAAAGUAUUUUUAAAAGUACGGUGAAUAAGUUUUUAGCAUUUAAAGCCAACAAAAUUUUGGAAAUAGCCGUUAAUGAAAUAGUUGCUUCGAAAUGUAAAAGGGUACUAUUGAUAUUGGGUAUGGGAGGUGUGGGUAAAUCAACUUUUGGCCGCUAUCUUGCUCGUCGUUUAUGGGAAGAAUACGACCAGUUAUCACCUAUUCCUUUAUUUAUACCAUUAGCGCGACUAAAAUUAGGAAUGUUUAAUAGAGAUGAAGAUUUUAUUGAACUUUAUUUAAAAGAAAGAUGCAAAUUAUCUACAAAUCAUAUUAAUGCUUUACGGGAAAGAAAGUUUGUAUUUAUUUUAGAUGGCUAUGAUGAGAUUGUUGAACGUGAACGUAAUUGCUAUAUUAAGAACAAAUUUUGUCAAUGGAAAAAUGCAAAAGUUAUUAUCAGCUGUCGACCAGAGUAUUUGGGUUCAGGUUACCAACGAAGAUUCUUUCCCAAUAAAAACGGAGAAAAAGGAUUUCAAGAAUUGACAAUUAAACCAUUUUCAGAAAAAGAGAUAGAACAAUAUGUUAUGAAAUAUGUUCAAAAAAAAGGUCAUUUGAGUGAAGACACAUAUUUACAGCAAAUAAAAAAGAUACCAGAAGAGUUAGCUAGCAAUCCAAUUCUGUUAAAAAUUACCUUGAGUGUCUUACCACGCUUUAUAGAACAAAAUAGAACAGCACAAAUAAAUCGCAUAGCUUUAUAUGACGAAUUUUUAAAGACAUGGUUUGACCGUGCGCAAGAUCGUCUGUAUAAAAUUCAUAAAACAGAUGAAGAAGAGAAAGAAUUUAGCAAAUUAAAUAGAUAUAAUUUUCCAAAAUCUUGUUUACAAUUUAGUAAAAAGUUCGCUGUCGAAAUGUUUAAAGAUAAUAAUAAUGUGGUCAUAACAUAUAAUUCAGAUGAUUCAUAUGAUUCAAAAUGGGCAACCUAUUUAGAUGAUGAUAAUAUUAAGAAUUCCUUGUUGCGCUUUAGUAUGCCAUUAAUCCGACGUGAAAAUCAAUAUUGGUUUAUUCAUAAAACCUUGCGAGACCACUUGAUUGCUCAGGCAUUUCUAGAGUCAUGUGAAUCUUUAUUAAAUGCAACACAAUCUUCCCUACAUGCAGCACUCUUCAAAGAGCAAUCAUUUGUGUUUGAGCACGGAGUUAGACAAUUUUUAGUUGAACAUAUUGUUCAAAAAAUGGAAACUUUCAAACCACAGUUACUAGCUUUUAUUGAAGCUUCUAAAAAGAAUGAUGAUGUUCAAGUUGCUUCUGCUAAUGCUAUUACAAUUUUAGCACAAGCUGAUAUAUUAUUGGUAAAUUUAAAUGAUACUAAUAUUUCGGGGGCAGAUUUGUGUAAUAAGAUAUUUAAUAAUUUGAAAGCGGAAAGAGCUAAAUUAAAUAAUGUAAAUUUCCAAAAUGCAGAACUUAAAGAUGCAAAUCUCCGAUGUUCAUCUCUCCAAGGUGCAAAUUUCAAAAAUGUAACGCUUCAAAAUGCAAAUCUCCGGGAUUCAUCUCUUCAAAAUGCACAUUUUGAAGACGCAAAUCUCUCAUUUGCAGAUCUUCAGAAUACGAUUAUUCAAGACGCAAAUUUUAAGAAUGCGAGGCUUCGAAAUGCAAAUUUUCAAAACGCACAUAUUAAAGACGUAGAUUUCACAUUUGCAGAUCUUCAGAAUACAGUUCUCGUAGGUAUUGAUUUCCAAGAAUUGAGUAUCAAAAAUUCAGCUAAAAGAUUGAAUAAAAUCAUGGAAAUUUUCACUUAUUCAAAGAAUUCAUAUGAUUCAGUUAAUUUAGAUGAUUCAAUUAAUUUAGAUUAUAAUCAUUAUAAUGUAUCUGAAAUCAGAAAACAAUUCUUAGAUGCAGAUAGACUAGUUGCAGAUAUACCAGAUGCAGAUAAACUACCGAAAGAAUAUAAAACAAUAGAAAUGUCAAGUAUAUCGACUAGCGAAUUAAUCAACCUGCAAAAAUGUGAAGAGGAAAACCAUACUAUACUUAACGAAAUUGUUAGUAAACAAGGGGAAUCUGCAAAUAUAGUAGACUGGAACCGUUUACGAAUGACGGAUUUGAAGGCAAUGUGUUUGAAGUGUAAUAUUCAGGUGGAAGAUACAAAGACAGAUUUGAUUAACCGUUUAGAAGCCUUUUGGAAAGAACCUGAAAUAAACUAUGAACCACAAAGGGUCAGAAAAGGAAAGUUAGUAGAACAAAAUGUUGAUGAAGACUAUGAUAAUAGGGAGAGAUUCCCAGUCCUAGACAAAAGUUUGCAGCAAUGGUCAGCUCAACAGAAUAAGUCAAACGGGGCAAGAGCCACAGAGGAAAGCUUCCCAAGAAAGAAGUUUAAGAGACCACGAGAUCAGCAUGAAUAUGACGCAGUAUGUGAUACUGGCAGACUACUUCACCAAGCAAUCCAGGAAGACUCGAAGGAAAAAGCCAGAGAGGCACAGGAGUAUUUGAAGUUGAGGGUUUUUAUAUUAAGGGUGGCUGAAGAGGAAGGCUGGAAUGUGGCCGCGAAAAUUCCAAAACCAACGCCUAGUGAAGAUGAUGAAUUUAAGGACCUACUUAUCGAAGCAAGAAAAAAAGAUUCGAGACGAAAUUAUAUUACCAGAUCUAAAGAAUUGUGGGUUUAUACUAGCAUGGGACAAGAGCAGCCCGGUACUAUCGACGAGGAUCAAGUUCUACGGAUUAAUUGUAGAUACAAAAAGGGCACAAGUGAUUGUGCCGGAACAGAAGCUAGCAGAAACAAAAGCAUGACUGGUGGAACCCUGAAGAAACCCAGGGUGGAAGUUUGUAGCAGUCCACAUUCAUCCAUAAGGGAGCUAUCCCAGAAGGCAAGAAUAUUGGCAAAAAACUCAUUAUCUCCCUUUUAUAGGGCCAGAUCGGACAAAUACUGUGACCUUUACAAUGAUUUUUGUAAAAAGUUUGAGGUAGAUCCAGACAACCCAAUGGAAGAUGGAAUUUUAGCAUUCAUUAUGUGGCUGGAUGUGGCUGGUUAUAUGUCUCAGGCUGCCCAUGUGCUCCAGGCUGUGACGCUUUUGAAGCAAUACCUGGAGAUUCCUUCAAAAACCAACACAAGUGCCCCCAUAUUUUUAUCAAAGCAAGGAAAAAAGGUUUCUAUUUCAGCAAUUGGUUCAAUAGUAAAAUGA